CCCCAAACCUCACGCCCCGCGUGACGUCACGCCGCGGGGUUUUCCUGCUGGAGGCCACCGCCACCGCCGCCUCUCCUCCGUCUCUGUCCUCGAACGCCUCUCGCUCCGCGGCUCCAGGAGGGCCGAGAUGGGAGCAUCGUGCUGCGGUCUGCUGGAGGAAGUCAUCGACACUCGCUUCCCGUCGGCGCACGUCCGCCCGCACCCCAUGAACCGCUCGUCGUCACGCCGCUUUGGGUGCCAGAACCCCAUCUUCGCACCUGCGCCAACCGCGCAUCCCGCCACCACUCCCCAGCCACCCGGCUGCCGGAGGUGUCGGCAACAAGGCAUGCAGCAAGCGUGCACAGACUGCCAGCACUCCUUCUGCAGUGACUGCCUGCAGCAGACGGAAGCGUGCGGGCUACUCUGUCAGACAUGCAACCUCCUCUAUGCCACCUCCUUCAGCAAGGAUAACCUCAUGAGGGCAAAGGUGAAAGACCUCCGAGAUUACCUCUCUCUGCACGGCAUCGCCAUGGAGACGUGUCGAGAGAAGGAAGAGCUGGUGGAGCUGGUUCUACAGCACCGGCGGCCAGUUGCACCGGUGCCGGCAACAGAUGAGCAGGUCACCUCGCCAGUGCGGCAGACGGAGCCAGCCAGCACUCAGCCCUUCAUACACGUAGAACCGCAGCCUGAGGAGGAGCCUGCGGAGAGGGAUGAAGAUGCAUUGGUGGCAGACAUUGAUGCAGACGAAGAAACACAGAUGCCGGUGGGCCUGCUGCGCAUCUCGCUGUCGGAUCUCUCCAUGGAGGACGACGCCGCCUCGCUCACGGUGCGCGAGAUGAAAACGCUGCUGCGGCGCAACUUUGUCGAUUACAAGGGCUGCUGCGAGCGCUGGGAGCUGGAGGAGCGCGUGCGCCGCCUCUACCGUGACACCCGGCAACUCGACAAGACAGAAGCGGGGGAGGUUGGGACUGCAGUGCUAGGUUUGACCGGAGGGCCACCGGAUGAGAACACCUGCAAAAUCUGCAUGGAUGCACCCAUCGACUGCGUGCUGCUCGAGUGCGGCCACAUGGUCACGUGCACCAAGUGCGGAAAGCGCAUGAGUGAGUGCCCUAUCUGCCGGCAGUACGUGGUGCGGGCGGUGCACGUCUUCAGGACCUGAAAGUGCCCAUCCUUGGAGUAGUGUAUGCGGCAAAGGGCAUAAAGAACAGUGUGGGUGGCAAUGGAGAAAAUACUUUAAUGGGCUAAGGUGAAGUGGAAGGGCAGUUGUAGCAUUUAGAAAGCCGAGUCCUGACCCAUGAACCGUUUCUCCUUGCCAUUUUUUAACCACCGUCCAUAACAUCUGUUUCAUGAUACAUUGUUUAGCUUUCGUUUUUGGAAAAUUAAUAUCGAUAAGGUGGUAGAGGCUUGCAUUGGAUUUUUUUACAUUUGUUCGUAUAUACAUUUAAUUUCUUUCGCACCGUACGUAGCCAACCAUGCUCAUCGGAGGUGCGAGGAAAGGACAAACUAAUCACAAAAAGCAGUUCUAAAUAAAUCUGUGAAGGUGAAUAACAAGUGUGGGCCUCCACUAGUUUCACAUUGGCCAGUUGUUGUGGCACCUACAAUUGGACUGAAGCUGGGUGGUGUUUUUUUUUUCCAUUUUAAUGUCAAUGAACAUCGAACCCUUGUAUAUACAGUACCAAGGCUGCAAUGUCUUAUCUAUUUGGGAACAGCAGGUGUCUGCCAGCUGCCACAUUUCCCACUCUCUGAUGACCAAUGUAACAGCAAUGGUAACGCCUUAUCAGAGGGAGCAAUUGGGUGCGUUGAUCAGGGCAGACAUCAGUUGUACAAUUCUUUAUCUGUAAAUGGGAAAACAUUUUAUAAACCCAGGCAACAUGUAACGCAAAAGGUUUACCAAGGAGUAAACCUUGGUGUCCUCUGGAGUAGCACUUGUGUUUCCAGCAAGCCAUCUUCUCCAACCGGGGAUUUGCAGGCAAAGCUCAAAAUAUAAUCAACCACACUGUAGCAUAAACUCAACUUAGUUUUGCUUUAAAAAACCCAAGAUGGCGUGUAUUUGCCUGCGAUUGUGCUCAACUGGAGAACCAGGGUUUAAGCUUGAGUGACGCACUUUAGCCAGAACUGUUUUGUAAUGAGCAGCAGUAGAGCCAAUGCUUUUGGGUAUGUAACCGUGUAAGUUACCAUUGAAAUCCAUGCACCUUAUGGUAGUAUUACCACUGCUGCAUACAUGUUGUAAUUAAGCCCAAUUUGGGGACGAAUCAUGUAUUUAUUAUUUUCCUAAGAGUUUUUUGUUAAAUAAAAGAACGAGGAAAAAAUGCUUAAUGCCAUAUUUGCAAGUAAUGUUUUGAUGACUGUACAUAGUUUAGGAAUUCAAAUGUAAGAAAACUGAUAGCUGUAUGUAACUUACCCUAUAGCAAAGUUUGAUGGUUUACAAAUGUAAUUUGACCUAGGGGCAUGCAUUGUUCUCAGACUGGGAGGGGGGGGAUGCACUGCAGGAAAGUGCUGGAGAGGCUGUGCUUGCACCCCAAAGACAGUAGCAGUACAGCUGGCGACUACCACGAACUGUGGAAUCAAGUCUCUUGUGCUGCAGUUACAAAGAUUCGUGAACAAAAUGAAUCUCAUUUCUGAAAUAAGCCUUAACUGUUUUGAGUAGAGCACCAUACAUUCAGGCAUCUGCAGAAAACGUGUAAAGUACCACAAGGGCAACCCCCAUCGUCUUAAAUUGUGAAGUCUUCACAGAUGCUCUGAAGUUAUCAGAAUUUAAAUGUGUAGUUUUGUUCAAUUUCACUUACUGUCACCAUUUGUGCUGGUGCCAAAUACCACAUCGUGUUUUAUGGUGUCAAGACGUGCAUUUCGCAUUACAUUUGGCAGAGGCAACCUUAUGCAAUGAAGAAGCCUUUGCUAAAACUGCGUGUAAAAUCAAAGCAAGUGUCCAACACCCAAUUAGCAGUAGUCGUGUUAAACAUUCUUUAGAUUUAUCCAUUGUAUUAACAAGUUAACGAAAUAGCAUUUUAGAUGUGGACUUUAACUCGCGCCCCUGUGACUGGAAUAUGUAAUUGAACUUUAUUUUAUUUUUGUAGAGUAUUGUUCUUGUGAAUGUGUAAAGUCAGUUUUGCUCUUGGUGUUUCAAGUUGUAUUGCAUGUGCAAGGAAAUUAAUAUGUAAUUGUUUCGCUACAGCUGUGCAUCGGAUUUGACUGAAAUUAUAUUUUUUGUUUAACUUUGGCUUGAAAGGCCAGAGUGAUGGGCUCGAGCAUGCACUGGAUCUGCGUGCCUGGUGCUUGUUGCACUGUACAUCUGUGCUAAAGAUAGCCAAGUGCCAGGCCCUCUCAGUUGUCCCAUUGCCCAGUUUAGUAUGGUCAAAGCUCGUAUGAAUUAUUGUAAAUGCUUAAAUCACUACUUGGAUCGGGAAAGUGUGGAUACCUAACAGGUUCCAGCAUCAUUUAGUGUCUUCAUUGUAAAGCAGAGGUACACUUUUACAAUGAAGUGUAAACCGAUGCAUUUGUUAACUGAAGACUACAGAACUGGCCCCUCGCAUACUGGCUUUAAAGUGACCUUACAUAAACAGGUGCAAAAAAGCUGCAGGUGAUCUAUGGUAAUUUUGUACAUUUUAUACAAACAUGCAUUGUGUAAUUUACAUUUUAAUAAAGGAAACUUGUCCUGUA